AUGGCUAGGAUAUGGUAUCCAUCGAUUGGUUUCCCGUUUGAGUCACGGCAUAUCAUGGCACCGGCUUUUGGUGCCAACCGUUACGGCAUCUCACUGGCCCUGGUGGCUGUCCGGCAGUGUGUUCUGUGGAUCGAAGCCGAGCCAAGAGACCGAGAGCCGACCGAGUUGCAUGGUUGCAACCUAGAAUUGUGCCGGAUGGAUCGCGCCUGGAUUUCCGGUGCCCCGGAUGUUGGCAGCACCGAGACGGGACGGAGUAAUCAUGGUCCGUUUCGAGAGAUCGAAGUCUCUUGUAGAGCUGCAAGCCCGAACGGUCAGGUUUGA